AUGAAUGUGAGUCAGUUGACAGCUUCCGAACGACGGAACCGUUUAAUGAGACGUGUUCAUACACUUCAGUCAGAAGAUGUAUCAGCUUACGGGAGUAGUUUGGAGUUGGAUUCCAUGCGAGAUUCAGCCGAUGGGCAAAGCAGUGAGAGCGAUCAUGCAGGGGAUGCCCAACAACCUAAUCCCGCGUUUUUGCGAGUACCCACAAUGCACGAACUUGGAUUGGAUUAUGGAGAAGCUCGGCCUCAUAAAAGGGAUGCCAUCGAGAAGAUCCCUAUGCGAGCUAGAUCACAAAGUUGGUUGAUAAGAACACGGCAUCUCCUCCACGAAGAAAGAGAGCCACCACCACUCAUAUCUCGACUAAUGUUUAUAUUUUCUCUUUGUUUAAUUAUUAUAUCGUUUCCAUGGAGCUUAUGUUUUUGUCUUAAAACUAUUAAGGAAUACCAGCGAGCAGUUAUUUUCCGGUUAGGGCGUUUGAUUAAAGGUGGUACAAAGGGCCCAGGAUUGUUUUUCGUAUUUCCUUGUAUUGAUACUUGUAAAAUAGUUGACUUGAGAGUUCUAUCUUUCGAUGUACCUCCUCAAGAGAUUCUUAGUCGUGAUUCAGUAACUGUGUGUGUAGAAGCUGUCAUAUUCUUUCGUGUAUCAAAUCCGGUAAUAUCAGUCACAAAUGUGAACGAUGCUCAGUUUAGUACAAGGCUCUUGGCUCAAACUACUCUUAGAAACGUGUUGGGUACAAAGACACUCAGUGAAAUGCUCAGUGAAAGGGAUGCAAUAGCAGCGAUAACUGAGAAAGUCCUUGAUGAAGGCACUGACCCAUGGGGAGUGAAAGUUGAGCGAGUGGAAAUAAGGGACAUACGUCUACCACAUAUGCUCAUGAGAAGUAUGGCCGCAGAAGCCGAGGCCGUCAGAAAUGCAAGAGCUGCGAUGAUUGCAGCUGAUGGAGAAAGAAUGGCGAGCAAGAAUUACAAUGAAGCCGCUGAAAUUAUUUGUUCCAACUCUGUGACUGUUCAAUUAAGAUAUUUACAAACGUUGAACCGUGUCGCUCGUGAAAGAAAUAAUACCAUAGUGAUACCUUACCCUGUGGAAAUCGCAAAAUAUUUUAUGAAGAAGUAUGCAUCUGCGAGAGGUUCUGCGAAGAUAAAAUAG